AUGUCUUCAGACAGGAUGGCGGGCGUCAAAGGCAAAGGCUGGCACCCGGAGAAAGAGGGCACAACUUUCAAGCAGCAGGUGUCCGGCGUCUUCCGCAGGGAUGAUGGCGAGCGUGCCGCCAGCGGCCACAGUGCUGUACCGCUCUCGCAGCUCAGAGACCCGGCCUCGUUCGCGCCGCCGCCGAAACGAACGACCAACAUAAUACCUCCACCGCCGCUCGCCCCGCGCUCGUCGACGUACUCGAGUCCCCAGCCUCAAGAGGAGGAGGCGGCCGCCCCGGCCCCGUCACCACAACCCCGCAGGCCCAACCCGCCACCAGCUCCGCCGGUAAGGCGGAACCAGACCCAACCCAGCCCGCCGCCUCCCAGGUAUGAGGCCGCAAGUCCUGCACCCGCAGGUCCUCCGUCGCUGCCUCCGAGGCUCCCACCCCGGAACGGCAGCUUCAGCCCCCCUCCGCCGCCCGCCGCUUCCCAACAGGAGGCCGACCCAGACGCAGGGAUCAUGAACCGGGGAGCCGUGAGCCGGCUCGGUGCUGCUGGGAUAUCCGUACCGGGGCUGGGUAUCGGCUCGUCAGGAAAGACCAGCUCCACCGCCUCACCAUCUGAACGGCCCAGUUCGGGCCUCUCCUCCCAAAUCAGCGGACUUUCAUCUCGCUUCGGCAAGCUAUCGACUUCGUCAUCAUCACCCGCACUUUCAUCGAACGACCCGGCAUCGGCCACGACCGCACCGAGCCCAGCAAGCGCAGGCGGCGGCACAACCUUUGCUCAGAAGCAGGCGGCGUUCAAGACGGCCAGCAACUUCCGCAAGGACCCCGGCUCCGUGUCCCUGGCGGACGCGCGCGCCGCCGCCUCGACCGCCAACAACUUUAGGCAACGCCACGGCGAGCAGGUGGCCGCCGGACUGAAGACGGCCAACGGGCUCAACGAAAAGUACGGCAUCGCAGACAAGGUCUCUUCCUACCAGAAGCAGCACCAACCACAGCAGCAACCCGGCGCCGGCGCUGCGCAGGCAGCCUCUCCCGGCGGUGGUGGUGCAAGCAGCUUGGCGUCGACGGCCAGUAUGGCGGCGGGCUUGCUGGCCAAGAAGAAGCCCCCACCGCCGCCUCCGCCGAAAAAGAAGCCGGCCAUCGCAGCUGCGACGGUUUCGCCUGGCGGAGAUGCAGAUGUGCCACCUCCCAUACCAAUGUCUACCCGGCCUACUUUUUGA